AUGAACAACGAACAAUUUCGUCGCCUCAUCCAAGACAACACCAAUCCCAGCACGAGCCCCAGUUUAAGCGGGAAUAAAGAUGGAAGCACCGUUAACGCGACGCCCGCGACAGCGCUGGGAUCGCGGAUGCGCUCAAGUAUUCCCAUGACACCCCGCUCCCUAACAACACCCAACUUCGCCCGUCAACUAGCCGACUACCGUCGCGAAGGCCACCACCCACCCACCAAACGCUUCAAAUCCAGCGCCGCGCCAAAGGGCACAAAACUACCCACCGGCUACCAAGACCGCACACACCUACGACAAUCACAAGAUGAUGAUAGUGCAAAAGAUAUUGAGACGCGGAUUAACGCGCUGGAAGAGAUGGUGAAGGAGGGCAAGAUUGAUGCCGGGAUGUUUGAGAAGUUACGCGGGGAGUUGGGUGUUGGGGGGGAUGUGGGGAGUACGCAUAUGGUUAAGGGUUUGGAUUGGGAGUUGCUGAGGAGGGUUAGGGCGGGGGAGGAUGUUAGUAAGGGGACUGAGAAGGAUGAGGAGGAGGGAGAGAAGGAGGAGGGAGAGAAGGAGGGUGAGGGAGAGCGGGAGGAAGGGGACGGGGCAGAGGAGGAAGUAGACUUGGAGGCAGAGUUUGAGCGGGUGACGGAAGAGAAAGGACAGGAGGAUAUUGCCCCUGUCGCUCCGAAGGAGAAGGAGAAGAAGAAAGGAACGAUGGCACCGCCGCCGGCCCCUGCGCAGGCACAGGCGCAGGCACAGAAGAAAUCCCGGGAUGAGAUUCUACGACAACUCAGAGCAAGUCGCGCAGCUCCUGCCGCAGAACCUGCCCCACCGCCGGAGUCGACGCUGGGAUCUAAGUUCAAGAAACUGGGCGAGUCGAGACCAGAGAAGAAGCGGUGGGUGGAGACAGACGAGAACGGUCGGCGGAGGGAGGUCCUUCUCACUACCGAUGCACAAGGGAAUACGAAACGGAAGACAAGAUGGCUGGACAAGCCCGGUGAGUCUAACGGUCUGUUGGUGCCUGAUAAAGAUGCGAAACCGCUGGGCAUGGAGGUGCCUGCAGAAGUUGCAUCGAAGGCGGCCGCCGCUGCUGCUCCCGUAGAAGACGAAGACGAUGACAUCUUUGAGGGAGUGGGCGCAGACUACAAUCCGCUGGCGGAUAUUGGUGAAGACGAUUCCUCGUCUGACUCCGACGAGGAGGGACAGGUUGCCGAAAAAGCACCGAAGAAAACCACAGAACCUGCACCACCGUCUACGGAACCUAUUCAGCCAUCACGACCACGGAACUACUUCUCGACAUCCACGCACGACGAACCCACAGAAGAAGACGAGGACCGUGCCAGAGCCAAUCCACUCACCCGGGACCCCUCCUUAUUGGCAGCGCUCAAACGAGCAGCCGCGCUACGCCAAGCAUCGCCAUCCGCAGGUGGAGACGAAGAAAAGAAAGACGACAGCCGUGGUCAGCGAUUUCUGGAAGAAAUGCGGCGUCGCGAGGCGCAGGAUGCCAUGGAUAUGGACAUGGGUUUCGGAGGCAGUCGGAUCGAGGACGAGGAGGACGAGGAGUUUAUUGGCUUAGAAGGAGACGGGGGCCGUGGGGGACAAAAGAGGAAGCGAGGACCGAAGAAGAGGAAGGGGGACAAGGAAAAUGCAUCCGAUGUAAUGGGGGUGCUGGAGAGUCGGAAGUAG